UUGGCACAAUAUGGUCAGGCUUUCAUUUUUGGUGUCUUACUCUGUCGGUAUGCUUUAGUAUUGACCUUUACAUAGAACAAAGUCUUAAUUACAAAUUCUUGUGUCUAGCUGACGGGAAAUUUGAAGCAAGUGAAGUACUUCUCACAGUUACAUGUUUAGUGUCCUCAGACUUUCUGAAGGAAGUUGAAACAAACUGAACAGAUAACUCAAGGCAUAAUGUAUGACUUGAGUCUGAAUAGGUCACAAGUUCUCAUGGUGCUAGUGGCUCAGUGUCACCAUAUCAAACACUAUUGUGAUGUAAACACAGAGCGACCAAAAGGAGCAAUCUCUUUUUUUCCAACUGAUCUCUGUCGCUCUAAGUAAGUUAAUGUUAUGUGCAUAUGAUACUACAGAAGAGAUGGAACGCUCCUGUGUGAACUGCCUAAAAAACCUGAUGGUGUUUCUUAACUUCCUGUGUUGGCUGUGUGGUGCGUUUGUCGUUGCCUUUGGGAUAUUUCAGGGCAUACACUCCAAGUUUGCGUCGCUCAUCACAACUUUCUGGCCCAUCUACCCAGCCAACACUUUGGUGGUCACUGGUACCCUUGUUACAUGUGUGUGUUAUCUGGGUGUGCUUGGAGCAAUGAAGGAAAAUCGUUGCCUACUCAUCAGCUUUUUUGUCCUGCUGUUCAUCCUGAUGCUGGUAGAGCUGGCUAUGGCGUGUGUGUUCCUGGUUUACAGCAGAGAACUUGACACAUUUUUUGGCAAAGACCUGAAUAAAAGUUUGGAAAUCUACAGACAGUCGGGUACCAGAGAGAACGAGAUCAUUAAAGAUGAUUUUGAUGCUGUCCAGCACUUGUUUAGGUGCUGUGGAGUACAUGGCGAGGCAGACUGGAUGGGUAAAGUUCCCAUUUCUUGUUGUGUACAAGAUCCCUGCACCUCCCCCAUCCACACCAACUGGAAAGAGGGUUGUCUCAUUAAACUGAAGAACUGGUUUGAAGGAAAUUAUCGGAGCACUGGGGCAGGCGUCGUCACACUCUUUAUCAUACAGUUCGCUUGUCUGUGUUUCAACAUCCCUCUGUUUUGCCACUUCAGUAGAAACGGACUGGGAUACUUGUGAAAAUUAUAUCGCCAGUCACAAUUACCUUCUGGAUCUUAUCAACAUACCAGUCAUGAACAAAUGUUUGUAAAUGUUUCAAGAGGUAUUUUUUUCUGUUCAAGCUGUGUUCACACUAAUUCUUUCACUUUUGAGUCACAUAACUUUUAAUUUAUAACAUUCUAAAUUCAUCAUUUCUCUAUUUGAUUGCAUAUUUUUUUUCUUGUAUGUUAUUAUUGACCGUUGAUUUACUUUUCCAAAUGCAGAAAACAUGCUGAUCAAUGUUCCAUAAUUCAAACUGAAUAUAUAAAUUUGAAUUAAGUUGGGAUGUGUUAAAUAAAAAUAGAAUACAAUGAUUUUUAAAUUAUGUUCAACCUAUAUUUGAAUGCACUACAAAAACAAGA